ACAAACAAACCAGACCUGCAUUGCAUAAAAUAAAAGAUUUUGGCACUGGCAAGCGCAUGAUGUGCAUCAUUUUGUUACCUUCAAACGUCCUGCGUGUUGCCGACCCUAAAUAAAAAGAGCACACCCUUACCUCGCAAAUUUAAAGGUCGACCCAUCAACUCUUGUUGUAACCCAACCAUUAGCAAAUUAGCACACAUUACUCAUCAGUCUGGGCUUUUUCCUGCGGAACACGUGAAAAAUGUCAUCGUGGCGAGGAUUAAUGAAGUUGUCCUCGGUCACGGGAGCAGGACUCGCCGGCUGGUUCGCGGGCAAACAUUACGAGCGUCACGUUGUCGGUGUCGAGCAUCAGCCUCGGCGCUCGUCGUUUCUAUCCGCUGCCAAUGUCAAGAGCAUGCCGGGUCUGCCGAUUUUCGGCAGCGUGUCCGCGGCCUCGCCCCUGCCUCCGACAGAUUCGAAUACCGUCGACGUCGACCACAACAACAUGGGAUCCAAACUGUCCACCACUGGAUCCAGGCUCAGCCAAAUAAUGAAAUACGGAUUUCCAGGGUUGGAUCAGGUGAGGUCCUAUGAUGAUUUCGUUCUGUCAUACGACAGAAGAAAUAGAGUGGCUCAUUGGGUGUUUGAACAUCUCUCUCAAGAGAGAUUAAACACGAACAAGAAUAUCGACAGGUCAAAGUGUGAAUUUGUACCUGACCCCAGCAUUCAUCCUUUCUUUCGAUCUGAUAACAGAGACUACAAACGAAGCGGAUACGACAGGGGACACUUGGCAGCAGCUGGAAAUCACAAAAUGGAUCAAAAGCACAUACAACAGACGUUUUACUUGACAAACAUGGCGCCACAAGUUGGAGUGGGCUUCAACAGGGAUUCUUGGAACAGGCUGGAAAUAUACGUGAGGAAACUGACAAAGAUAUACAAAGACGUGUACGUCUGCACAGGACCCCUAUACUUGCCAAAACUUGAACCAGAUGGAAAAAAAUACGUCAAAUACGAAGUUAUUGGUGCCAAUCAUGUAGCUGUACCAACACAUUUUUACAAAAUUGUUGUUGGAGAAACUUCUGACGCGAAAUUAGAAAUGGAGGCGUUUGUUAUGCCAAAUGCCCCAAUUGACAAUGAUGCUCCACUUGAGAACUUUAGAGUGCCACCAGAAAGUGUAGAAAGAGCAGCAGGAUUAUUGUUCUUUGACAAGGUAGCGAGAAAUAAGUUACACAAAAUCAAUGGCAAAAAAGUAAGUUGAAAUA